AUAGGACGAUUCGCAGAAAAUCAGAACUCCUCAAUCGACCUUCUCUCCUCCGCAAUCGAAGACGACGGAAACGAGAGCUUCCUUCCUCUCGUCGCCGGCAACCUCACCGCGCUUUUAUUUCAGGUUGAUAUAGGAACUGUGAAAUAGAAUUGAGAUUCCAAGAAGCAAUCAAUCAAUAGAAAAUGCAGGCAUCAAGGGCAAGGUUAUUUAAGGAAUACAAGGAGGUGCAAAGAGAAAAAGUAGCAGAUCCAGAUAUUCAGCUAGUUUGUGAUGAUUCCAACAUAUUCAAGUGGACUGCUCUAAUCAAGGGACCAUCUGAGACUCCAUAUGAGGGUGGAGUCUUCCAACUUGCUUUUGCUGUUCCUGAACAAUAUCCUUUGCAACCUCCUCAAGUGCGAUUCUUGACAAAAAUAUUUCAUCCAAAUGUGCAUUUUAAGACAGGAGAGAUUUGUCUUGACAUCUUGAAGAAUGCAUGGAGCCCUGCUUGGACACUACAGUCUGUUUGUAGAGCUAUAAUUGCUUUGAUGGCUCACCCAGAACCUGAUAGCCCACUGAAUUGUGAUUCUGGCAACCUUUUACGCUCAGGCGAUCUCAGAGGGUACCAAUCUAUGGCAAGAAUGUACACCAGACUCGCUGCUAUGCCAAAGAAAGGAUGAGAAGUGGUAAAGCUGUGAAAAUGUCUUAAUUCUUAAGUUUGUUUUAAAAUGUUAGUAACUAGUACACUAGCCCAUCCUCGUAAUAAAAAUCUAGAAGACACUACUUGUUUGGCUGUCAACCAUUCUGAUGGCAUAUUUUAUCUAAUGCAAUGGAUUGUUGUAACAAUCAAAAUUUUGGUCUCUGGAGACUUAUCAAGGUGAGCUUUGUCUCCACAGACGUGAUAUAUCUUUCCCGUCCUUUAGGUUUAUGUGAGGAUAAAUCCAAUUACUAUGA